CUCUCAUCCAACUCAACUCACAAUGGGUCUUGCGUCAAAACUAGCUGCCGCACAGGCAUCCCAAGCCCAAGGACAAGCCCAGGCUGGCUACGCCCCGCCACCCGGCGCCGCGCCAGGAGGCUACGCCGCCCCGUCCGGCCCGCCGCCGGGCAUCGCGCCAGGAGGAGGGUAUGCCUCGCCGUCUGGCCCGCCCCCCGGCCACCACCAGGCAGGAGGGUACGCCUACGCCCAGCCGAAAGCCCUGCCGCCCGUGCCCGGCCUCGCUGCGCCCACUGCGCCGCGCCAGCCAGACAUCAAGGCCGACGUGCCGACGCUCACCCAGGUCAUGAAGGCGACCGUCAAGGAGCAAAAACUCGACGCGUUCUACAAGGACAAGGACCUCGACGCGAUCGCGCGCCGCCUCGUCGCGACCAACACCAUCGGAAACAUCUCGCAGCGCUUGCGCGUCCCGCUCACCCUCGGCGUGGACCUCGCCAAGGUCGCGCUGUAUGACGUCGUGCUGCUGUGCGACGACUCGAUGAGCAUGAAGGCGCAUCAGGGCGGUGCGCGUAUUGAGGAGCUCAAGAGCAUUCUGGCGCACAUCACCGCCGCUUGCACGCUUCUCGACGAGGACGGAAUUGCUGUGCGCUUCUUCAACUCAAACGUCGAGGGCAACAACAUCAAAGCCGAGUCGCAGGUCGGCGAGCUGGUCGACAGGGCCAAGAACACCUCUGGCACGCCCAUGGGCACAAGUCUGGACGAGAAGGUCCUGAAGCCCCUGCUCGUCAAGCCCGCCAAGUCGCUCAUCAAGAAGCUCAAGAAGCCGCUCCUUAUCAUCGUCAUCACUGACGGCGCGCCGUACGGCGAGAAGGGCGUCAAGAACAACCGCGACAAGCUACCCCAGGUCGUCAGGCAGACUGCCGCCGAGAUGGCCAAGACCAAGUAUGGCGCAAGUGCCGUCGCGUACCAGUUUGCCCAGGUCGGCGACGACGAGAAGGCCCGCGAGUUCCUGUCGUGGCUCGACGAGGACCCCGAGAUCGGCGGAUACAUUGACCAGACUAUGGGCUUCGAGUACGAGCAGGACCAGAUGGCCAAGCAGGGCGCCGAGCUCUCACGCGAGGUCUGGCUCAUGAAGCUGCUGCUCGGUGCGAUUGACAACUCGUACGACAUCCAAGACGAGAACCCCACUCUCAAGCCGUUCCGAGGCUAGACGGAUAUCCAGGCUGGUGAUCUGCGACUGAUGUGUGACUGAGAAAGGUGUAGGUAAUUAGGAAUGGGCUGUGAAAUGAACGUGUUACGACGGAG